AUGAGUUGGUUUACCUCCUUUGACAAGAUUGUGGGAAGCACCAGAGCCAGUUUUCGGGUCAGUCUCAAAGUGCUUGGUGGUGGAGUUAAACGAAUUCAAAGGGCUGCGAGCUUGUCUUCUGCUAGGCUUGAUCUGUUGGAUGACAUGUCAUCCUCGUCAUCGUCUUCAUCCUCUUCUGGAUCUGUGGUGAUUGAAAAGAAGGACAAUGUUCUUACCAGUGGAAACUUCACAGUUGAAACAUGUUCCAAUUCUGUUCCCGCCUCUCAAGAGUUGGUAUCUCAGAAUUCACUCAGCUUUUUGCAAAUGCGUGACGAUUAG